AGCAAUCUCUUCCGGGUUCACUCCGGCGUGCUGAUGUUGGUUAUGAACCUAUGAAGACGUAAUUUAUGUAUACAUCCACAUUUCCCCGAUAAAGGGAGAAGUUGCACUGGUAUUUUAGCACCUGUAAGCUUUAUUGGAGCCCGUAGUUGAAGCCGCAGUCGGUUUAGCUCUCCGUGUUAGCUGAACAUGUCUGCGGAAGAAGCGGACAAAACAACCACCACUGAUGUCAGCGCCGGAGACGAGGAGGAGGAAUGGCUGUACGGAGAUGAGUCAGAGAGCAAAGACGAGGACGAAGAAGCCAAGCUGAACGCUGCUGUCAGUGCCCCUGCUGAUGCUGCAACAGAUGAUGCUGCUGCACACGCUACAGGAAAUGGAGUUGCCUCUGAGGCCACAGGUGAAGCUGCGGGUGAGGAUGUGGAGAGCGACAGUGACAGUGAUGAUGAUGACGAUGAUGUCCGUGUCACGAUUGGAGACAUUAAAACUGGAGCACCACAGUACACAGCUUAUGGAGCGCCACCAGUCAACCUCAACAUCAAAUCAACAGGUUCCAGACCUUAUGGACAAGUUGCUACAAAGCUGAAGGGAGUGGAUCUCGAUGCACCUGGAAACAUUAAUGGUGUUCCAGUGCUGGAGGUGGACAUGGAGUCCUUUGAAGAGAAACCAUGGAGAAAGCCAGGAGCCGAUCUGUCAGACUACUUCAACUAUGGCUUCAAUGAAGACACAUGGAAGGCUUACUGUGAAAAACAGAAAAGGCUGCGUAUGGGCCUGGAGGUCUCUACAGUUGGCUCAGUGACAAGCAAGAUCACUGUUCAGCAGGGCAGAACUGGUAAUGAAAAAGACAUACCCAGUUUGCCUGUUCACACCUCGAAGCCAGACUUCACAUCUCCUGUCAACUUGUAUAAAUCUGCCGUCAGUCAGGUCACCAGGAUCUCUCCCCCUCAGUGGACUGGCCCGCCUCCUCAGGACAUGUCUUAUUAUACGAAGUCAAGCGGUAUCAUUGAUGUGAUUGGUGGACAGACAGCCACUAUCAGCAGAGUUGAGGGGCGACGUCGACAUAAUCUAGAUGGCAACAAUAUUCAGGUAAUCUCUGAGCACUCGACAUCAGAGGCUGAGCCAACUCCUGCUAAGAUCCCCACAUUCUUCCCCCCCGGACCACUUCCUCCAAACAUUCCCCCACCGCCAUUUCUCCCUCCGCCACCAAACGUCAGUACUGCACCCCCGCUCAUUCCCCCACCCAGGUUGCCCAUUACUGUCCCUCCUCCUAGUUUUCCUCCCCCAACUAGUGGGCCUCCUCCUUCUAUCAUCCCAACUAUGGACGGCAGCCAUGGUGGAGGUUAUGAUGGACGCUCUGUUCCUCCAUACCCGUUUCCUCAAGGUGCUUAUCCUCCACCCAUGGUUGGAGGUGUGCCUCCUCCUUGGCCUCCAAUGAUAGAUAACUCCAAACCCUGGGAGUACUAUUCCCGCCGAGAUGACAAGAGAGACAAGGAGAGAGAGAGACCCAGAGAGAGGACACAUGAGCGGGAGCGGGAGAGGGAGCACAGCCCAUCAGCUAUAAGCUACACCAGUGAUGAGGAGCGGUAUCGUUACCGUGAUUAUCAGGAGCGCGGUUAUGGAGAGCGCCACCGUGACCGGUCGAGCCGAGAGAAAGAGGAAAGGCACAGAGAGAGGCGGCACAGAGAGAAGGAGGAGGGGCGCCACAAGUCCUCUCGCAGCAGCAGUAGCAGGAGGAGGCACGACAGUGAGGAGGGUGACAGCCAUCGGCGGCACAAACACAAGAAGAGCAAGAGGAGCAAGGAGGGCAAAGAGGCCAGUGAGGAGAUCAGCGCAGACCAAGAGAAUCAGGAAGCCAUGGAGUAGUGAUGACCAGCUGCCAUCUUUCAUCCUUCCAUUUGUCUCCAUGCUGACCAGAAAGAGAACAAGAGACCAACAAAACCAUAAAGUGGCUGAGUGACAGAUACCACUGUCACUCUCCUCUCCAUCAGUCUCCAUUCUCCACCACCCUGCUGUCGUUCUCCCUCAGUCACUUCAGAAUAAAUGGAGCAGAGGAGGAGGAGGUGAAGGAGAUAUGGUCAUCCCCAUAACCAUCUUUUCUAUCAGAUCAGGCAAAAUAUCAAUCGGUCUUUAACCACCUAAUUUUUCUCAGCCCUGUCUUUCAGAGCACUGCUGUAAUUUAGGUCAUGCUCAGAGAUUUCACUGUAUAGUCAGUAUGAUCAGCAGAAUUUGCUCUUUUUCUCUUGUUUGUAUGUUGUCCUUUUGUUCUUGUUCCCAGUGAUGACAUCUCUAGAAAGCUGUCAGUUAAAUUCAAUUAAACACUUUUUGAUAAGA